AUGGGUAAAGCUAAAAAGACAAGAAAGUUCGCAGCUGUAAAACGUACAUUAUCCAAAAAGGACCCCCGCCUAACGCAAAACAAAACUGUUAACCCCAACCAACUAGCCAAACAAGCUCAAAAAGAUCCAGAACUAACUCAACAUGUUCCGCAGGUCUCAUCAGCUCUCUUUUUCAAAUUCAACGAUGCUAUAAAACCACCAUACCAAGUACUCAUAGAUACAAAUUUCAUCAACUUUAGUAUUCAAAAAAAAAUUGACAUUAUACGAGGAUUAAUGGAUUGUUUAAUGGCUAAAUGUAUACCCAUUAUUACUGAUUGUGUCAUGGCCGAAUUGGAGAAAUUAGGUUCGAAAUAUAGAAUUGCAUUGAAGUUGGCUAAAGAUCCAAGAAUCCAACGAUUGAGCUGUAGUCAUGGCGGUACUUAUGCUGAUGAUUGUUUGGUGAAUCGUGUUAUGCAACAUAAAUGUUUUAUUGUGGCGACCAAUGAUGCUGAUUUGAAGAGAAGAAUAAGGAAAGUUCCUGGGGUACCGCUAAUUAGUGUUGGUGGGCAUUCGUAUGUAGUGGAAAGGUUACCUGAUGUGUUUUAG